UGUACAUUACAAGUUACCACAGCGGUACAAGAACUGGCAUUCUUUCGGCUGUUUUGUCUAUCAGUAUGAAGAAGUAGGGAUUGGUUUACAAAGUAUUGUUUCGAUGUAUAUAGACCUGACGUCAUUCCCGGAAGAACAUUUUUAUAAUUCGAAGUUGACUUCGCAAUUUUGUAACCAAAGCUCAUUGGUACAGUAUUGACUGAACAUUCCAGCCAGCACACACAGACUUCCUUGUCGCCUAUAAAUUUGUUGACAACUGAUUCGGUAAAAUAACGUCAGUAUACCUCCUGUUGCAUGGUAACAGUGAAUGACCUGAUCUUGGAACCUUGUACCCUGACGCAGCCAACAUGGACCUAGAUUGAACGCUUUAGAUAAAUAUUAUUCACAGAAUAAUUCGCAAUUAUUACUUUAGUACUCUCGUGGCGAGGAACGCUUAGCUUCGACAGAAAUACUCGUGCUCAUGCAAGUCCACGAGAGACUCUUUCUGCCAGCUCAUGACUUGGCUUUCAGACCGUUCUUUUGAACAAGUUGACGGGUGUGGAUUCGUCAGUGUCAUGGUCACUGUUUUCGUUGCAGCCGUGAUCAUCAUGAAGCUUUCCUCUUAAACAGCACCAACAAUCGCAAAAUAAACACAACUCAUUCUUUCUGAGGGUUCACCGGUGAAUUCAUCAUCUCGCAUAUUAUGCUAUUCAUUGGGAAACCCAUGCAUGGAAUGCAGUAAUCUAUCAUCAAAGACGACGGCACAUUAUGUUGCACCUCAGAACAUGGCAGGACUGUUAAGUCGACGCAAGGGAUCAGACGCUGUUACCGUGACUCAAGCGUGCCAGACUAAAGCACCUGAACCGGACUUAAGGGCAGCUAGACGGCAGGGGGGAGACCGCGACGAUAAGGGGAGAAGACGAAGCCUGUGGGACCCGUCGAGAAGGUGGACUGUCUUAAUGUCGAAAACUGGAGCAGGGGGUCUGCUGAGGAAAAUGGGGAGUGUACUGUCGCUGACGCCGACCACACCUCGGGUCUAUGACUCCCGCAAAAGUUAUAAAUUCCUGCCCAAAAAGAAACUCCUUCCUUUUAAUCAGGAGAUCGUGGCAUCGUACUCCGGGCCGUACGGGGGACUCACAAACAGCGAACUGAUCUUUCCUUCCACGGAGGGAAACACGGCACGAUUCCCCAAUAAUAUCAAGACGGUGAAGGAUGAUAGUGUGGUUGAUGGUUCGAUGGACAAGACAUCGCAUCAGCUGGGUUUCAAGAGAAACGAUAAAACUUCCAAUGUCGACGCCUCAAAAUGGAGACUACGGAAUGAGAGGGCUUACGGAAUGUCUGUGUCACUCUAUGAAUAUAGAAACAGUGACAAGAAAGAAUGCACAGGGGAUCCGAUUGCCGAUGUAUUUGCCAUCCAUGCUACUCGGAAUAGUUGUGUCAUGGCAGUAGCUGACGGUGUUGGCUGGGGUCAGGGAGCCAGACGAGCAGCUCAGUGUGCCGUCAAGGGUUCCAUGGAGUACUUGUUGAGAACGUUGUAUUCCAAAGACUACACAACGGAACCAUUCACCACCGCAGAUGUCUUCAAGUGUAUGACAGAGUCCCUUGAUGAAGCUCAGGAACUGAUCAUAUUUGGAGAAGGCUCUCUGACCACACUGUGUCUAGCCGUGGUAGCCGAUGUCGAGUCAGAUGACACAACCUCCAAAGCCCUGUGUGUCAUAAGCGUUGGGGACAGCCUAGCCUUCGUAAGCAGUCAACGGUUCGGGGUAAAGGAGGUCACAGUUGGUUGCAGGGAGUAUAAUCUUCACAGAAAUAUUCGGUUCUGUAACGGUGCCUUAGGACCUUGCCUCGGGGAAAGGCCCGACUUGGAAAAUCUGACUUAUUCUUAUACCACGGUCGAGGAAGGUGAUAUUGUUUUCCUGACGAGCGACGGGGUGUCCGAUAAUUUCGACCCUGUGGUUGCAAAGAGGGCCGUGGCUAACACAGCCUACAAGUCCAACAGGAGCCGGGCUGAGAUGAUUUUCAGCGAGGAUCCGUGGGAGGCGAGAAAUCGGGAAGAUGUUGCCAGCCUGCCGGCUCUGACUCCCCGGGAGAGGCAGGAGGAGAUGACGCGGACGAUGGAGGAAGUCAUCCGCCAGACGGAAACUCCGAGUGACGACCCUUUCUCGGCGUCGAACCUCUGCAGCAAGCUGCUACAACACGCCGUGAACCUGACGGAGAAGAAGCGGGUGGCCCAAGAAGCCACUAACAACAUCAUUAGCCUCUGCGAGAAGGAGUGUCUUGAGAUGCAGGCCAUGAUGACGGGCAAGGAGGCACUGACCCGACACGCCCGUGGUCUUCCGGGCAAGCUGGACCACGCCACGGUUGUGGCUUACGUGGUGCCCAUAGGAACGCACGGAAAUGCCGCGUCAAAUCGUCCAGCGGUUGAAGAGGUCUCAGCCCGCGAUCUGCCAAAUUAUUUCGAUGUGUCGAUUGGAGUUCAACCGUAUAAAGAUUGGAUUUCCUUAAUCGACUGAAGUAAAGAGAAACAUGCACAAGGCACAUUAAGCUAUUGCACAAGUUCCUCUAAAUUAUGUGUAGGCGAGUGGCGACGAAGGCAUUGAGGCAACAAAUUAUCGUCUUAUUUAGUCACAGCUUAUGACUCAAAACUGACUGGAAAAGCAUGAUUGUAGGCCACAUGUCAGCUUUUUAAUAAUCGUUAUUGCCCGUGGUAGGACACUGUACAUUGUUCUUACUUGGUGCUAACGCCGGAGGCAUACAUUUUGUAUAAUGCUGCUGUGCCUGUAUUGCUCUAGACGAGCAAAUAGCUCAGCCUUUUGCAAGUUAACUUUGACCCAAAUCUUUUACACUGAGUUCUUUAAAUUCAAGUGAAC